AUGGGUAAAGGGAAAGGCAAAGGAGCGUAUUAUAAGGCGAGGUAUGGUGGUGGAGGAAGUCACCAUAGAGACUAUCGGGAGCCGACUGAGCCGUUGUAUAAGCGUAGUAAGAUGGAGGAGAGUUCAAGCGAGGAUGAUUCAGAAUUGGCCCAAGCGCUGAUUCGGUUGGAAGGGUAUUCGUAUGGAUAUUAUAAGGACUUGGUGGGGGAGUGGCAGAUGCCAAAUGACGAAUGGAAGAUAUUCAUUGACAGGGUCCAAUCGGAUCCCUAUGCGCCUCCUUCCCAAAUUCGGCUUCGGGUUAGCAUGUCAGCGUCGAAGAUCCCAUCCGACCUGUGGCGCACGCCCUUGCGAUCGAUUGCAUGCUGCGAUUAUAUAACGCGCCACUUCCACAGAACGUUGAAUGAUGACGGUCUUACAAGAGCUCAGCGAGGUGGUGGUUGGUCUGGAAGUAAAGGUGGAGAUGUUCAAAUUACUAACCCUGGACAACAGGUGCUUCAAAGGUCGUGUAUGUUCAUAUGUCCGGAGUACAUCGAGGCGAGAUGUACGUUGGCACUGCCAGCUAGAGGGAGGACUAUAGAGGGAUACAAAGCGGCUGAGAUCAUCCAUAAUUUAUGGCCAUUGGUUCGGGCAAGUCUGUAUUACGAUAGAUUGGAUCAGAAGGCGUUGAAGGCGCAUGUGGAUAGUGUGGAUGACCAAGGCUGGGUAGUAUACAAUGAGGACCUCAAGCGUUUCUUCAUCACACUGAUUGAGGCUCCUACGGUGUUCACGACACGUGAAGUUUUCGGAUCACCCAUAAGACCUAGUCACAAGCAAGAGGCUGCCUUCGCAUUGUUGCGACUAAGGCAGUUUGUGGAGGACAGCCUGACCCAGGUGCUCCUAUCAAAUCAGGCCUAG